AUGGUGUAUCAUAGCCUGGUAUAUCACAGGAUGGUAUUUCAAGCCUGGGUGGUAUAUCACGGCUUGGUAUAUCUUAGCUUAGUGUGUCUUGGGACUCUAUAUCUCGUCUUGGCAUAUCAAUCCCCUGGUAUAUUUCACGGUGGUAUAUCACAUCAUGGAGCAGACCAGCAGAGAGUCACCCAGACGUCCCAGCAGAGUAAUACCACGUGUCACCCACCAGCAGCAGAGAGUAAUCCACGUGUCACCCAGGAGCAGACGUCCCAGCAGAGUAAUACCACGUGUCACCCAGGAGCAGACGUCCCCAGCAGAGUAAUACCACGUGUCACCCUGGAGUCCCAGUCGAGUAAUACCACGUGUCACCCAGGAGCAGACGUCCCAGCAGAACACCCCAGCAGAGUAAUACCACGUGUCACCCAGAAGCAGACGUCCCAGCAGAGUAAUACCGUCACCCAGAAGCAGACACCCCAGCAGAGUAAUACCACGUGUCACCCAGAAGCAGACGUCCCAGCAGAGAGCAGACAUCCCAGCAGAGUAAUACCACGUGUCACCCAGGAGCAGACACCCCAGCAGAGACGUGUCACCCAGAGCAGUCCCAGCAGAGUAAUACCACGUGUCACCCAGGAGCAGACGUCCCAGCAGAGAGCAGACGUCCAGCAGAGUAAUACCCACGUGUCACCCAGACCCCAGUCGAGUAAUACCACGUGUCACCCAGAGGCAACGUCCAGCAGAGUAAUACCACGUGUCACCCAGGAGCAGACGUCCCAGCAGAUAAUACCACGUGUCACCCAGGAGCAGACGUCCCAGCAGAGUAAUACCACGUGUCACCCAGGAGCAGACGUCCCAGCAGAGAGCAGACGUCCCAGCAGAGUAAUACCACGUGUCACCCAGGAGCAGACGUCCCAGCAGAGUAAUACCACGUGUCACCCAGAAGCAGACACCCCAGCAGACAGACGUCCCAGCAGAGUAAUACCACGUGUCACCCAGAAGCAGACACCCCAGUUGAGUAAUACCACGUGUGUAGUAAUACCACGUGUCACCCAGGAGCAGACGUCCAGCAGAGUAAUACACGUGUCCAGAAGCAGACACCCAGUGAGUAAUACCACGUGUCACCAGCGUGUCACCCAGGAGCAGACGUCCAGCAGAGUAAUACCACGUGUCACCCAGGAGCAGACGUCCCAGCAGAGUAAUACCACGUGCCAGGAGCAGACGUCCCAGCAGAGACGUGUCACCCAGGAGCAGAGUCCCAGCAGAGUAAUACCACGUGUCCCAGACGGCAGAGACGUGUCACCCAGCAGCCCACGUGUCACCAGGAGCAGACCAGACGUGUCACCCAGCAGAGUAAUCCACGUGUCACCCAGGAGCAGACGUCCAGCACAGUUGUUACCAAACAGGUUUCCGGUAUCACAACAGUCACAAACGGAACCGAAGCAGAAACCUCUCAGAGCAGGGUAUACAAGUGUCAUUAUACUGGAUAUCUUCUCAUAUAAGAAUAUCAACCUGUGA